AUGGCCAGUCAGCUCAUGGGCGAGACCCUCCACGCUCUGCUACGGCGAGCGUCGGAGGACACUGACCCCGAUGAUGCCCCCGAGGCGGGAUCGAAGGAGAUCACUAGUUCCUGGGCCUUAUUUAUUAUGAUCAUGCUCUUGAUGUUUGCCUUGUUCACAAGCUACAUCCUCCAGCAAAGGAAGAUCCAAGCCGUCCACGAAACAGUUUUAUCCAUCUUUGCGGGAAUGUUCGUUGGACUGAUCAUCCGCCUAACCUCCCAAUCGACCCUCCAAGAUAGCGUCGCAUUCGACUACCAGUUCUUCUUUAACCUCCUCCUACCCCCCAUUAUCCUCGCCUCCGGAUAUGAGCUCCAUCAGGCGAAUUUCUUCCGCCAUAUUGGCACCAUCCUCACCUUUGCGUUCGCCGGUACCUUUAUCUCCGCCAUGGUGCUUGGUCUCGUUCUCUAUCUCUGGACUCGUAUCCCGCUGGACGGGCUGAACAUCUCUUUCGUCGAGGCGAUCUCUGUUGGUGCGACACUCUCCGCUACGGAUCCGGUCACCAUUUUGGCUAUUUUCAACCUUUACAAAGUCGAACCGAAGCUUUAUACCAUCAUUUUUGGAGAAUCGAUUCUCAACGAUGCUAUCGCCAUCGUGUUGUUCGAGACUGCACAGAAAUACGCGGAGACUGAUGCUGGCUCGUUGAGCUUUUUGAACUUCUUCGAAGCCAUUGGUCUCUUCUUGCUUGUAUUCUUUGGUAGCAUGGUGGUCGGUAUCAUUGUUGGUAUCGCCACUGCCCUGGGCCUCAAGUAUACGUUGGUUCGCCGCAUGCCGAAGAUAGAAAGCUGCCUUAUUAUUCUUAUCUCUUAUGCUAGCUAUUUCUUUUCGAAUGGCGUGCACUUGUCCGGAAUUGUGUCACUCCUAUUUUGCGGGAUCACUUUGAAGCAUUACGCGUACUAUAACAUGUCCCGACGUACACAGCUGACUACCAAAUAUCUGUUCCAGGUAAUGGCGCAGCUGUCGGAGAACUUCAUUUUCAUUUACCUCGGUCUGGACUUGUUUGUCGAGUCCAACCUCCAAUUCAAUCCACUUUUCAUUAUGGUGGCAGUGUUUGGAAUAUGCCUUGCCCGCUACCUUGCUGUAUUCCCACUUUCCAAGGCAAUCAACUGGUUUAUCCGGUAUAGAGCUCGGCGUCGGGGUAUCGAAGUCGCAGAUGAACUGCCCUUCGCAUACCAAGCCAUGCUCUUCUGGGCCGGUCUCCGUGGUGCUGUGGGAGUUGCGCUAGCGGCAGGUCUUUCUGGUGCCAACGCACCGACGUUGCGAGCCACCGUAUUGGUGGUGGUUGUGUUGACCGUUAUCAUCUUCGGCGGAACAACAGCACGUAUGUUGGAAAUUAUGGGCAUCCGAACUGGCGUUAUCGAGGAGAUUGACUCCGAUGAUGAGUUUGAUAUUGAAGUCGCCCACGGCGGCACCUACUACAAGCGAUCUGAUACUGCUUUUGGAUAUACUCCGCGACGGGGCGACUCGACUAUCCCUCUGGAUGGCGUCACUCCCAAUCAUCAGCGCGCGGCCACAGUCACUGGGCUCGGCGAACGAUCAGGUAGUUACUCGACUGGCAACAGCCGACGCCCCAGUCCCCCUCACGGCCACACUCGAAUGUACUCGGCCGCCUACGGCGCCAAAGAUACCCAGGCGCGGCGCGAUCGCUCGUCAACAGCAACCCUACUCAACCUUAAUAGCGGUAAUGCUGGCAGUGACGAUGAGUUCGGUCUCCCGCCCAGUGGUAAAUCUCGCGGGACCCCAGUGGCUCACCCAGACGAGUUCGAUCUGGAUCUCGAAGGCGUCUCUGAUGACGACCUGCCACCCGCCGCAAAGGCCGCAGCCUCUCGUAUGCGACGAUCUCCAUCUAACCCACCUUCUGGACCGCAUACACCAUUACCCAUUGAGGGUUCUGCUAGCACCUCUCCUGCCCGACGGGACCAGCAGUCUGGUCUCACCGCUCGUGACGCUCUUCGAGAUCUGUUCUCGGGUGGUGCGAACGGUGAUCAUGCGGCGUGGUUCCGCCAGAUUGAUGAGGACUAUAUCAAGCCGAAAUUGUUGCUUGAUCAAUCCAACCAUAAAGGACCCGGCGCUGUUUAA